AUGGCCGUUAAUGGAAAAAGCAGGCGAAGCUGUAAGAUGGGAUUCCCACCAUGCUGGAGAUGUCGUAGACGACGACGGCGGCGGCGGCGCCGCGGUAGUACAUGGGGGCCAAGCUGUGGUAGCGCUCCUGCCCCGCCGUGUCCCAGAUGUCAAACUUGACGGUGCCUUCAUUGAGAGACAAGGUCUGGGAGAAGAAGGCCGCCCCAAUGGUUGACUCCUGCAGAUGAAGUCAACCACCGCUGCCGUUGACUUCAUGCACGCUGAGCCGUGUAGAGAGGAGAGGGGGACGGAUAGCGUGGGAGAUACCUGGUGGUCGUGGAACUGGCCCUUGACGAACCUGAGGACGAGGCUGGUCUUCCCGGUGCCCAUAUCGCCGAGCAGCACCUGCGGAGAUCGACAGGCGGCUGUGUUUUCAGAAAUUGAUCCAGUGGACCUUCGACGUGGACAGUAGAAGGUUACAGAUUAUUAUUCCUUUUUUAGAGAGGAGUUAGAGAGAGAAUAUGGAGAUUUCGAAUGGGAUGAACGAUCUCGUGUUGAAAUGGAUCGGAAUUUUUCGAUCAACGCUUCCUCCAUUCAUGUUGCAAUAUUGAAAGUUUUAGAGAGAGAUUAACGAUAAUAACCAAAGCCAUGCAUCGUCUAUCUCUCUCUUUCUUUCUCUCUCUCUCACACACACACGCUCUCUCUCUCUCUCUCUCUAACCCCAUGUCGCCGAGGAGCACCUACGGAGAUCCAAAGGCGGAUGAGUUUUUAGAAAUUGAUCCAGAAGGCCUUCGACGUGGAGAUUACAAGGUUUCAGAGUUCUUUAGAAGUGCCCAAGAGAGAAGAAUGUGGAGAUUCCGGACGAGAAAAUGGAUGGGAAUUUUUCUGAUCAACCUCUUCCUCCAUUCAUGUUGAAAUAUUUAGAGAGAGAUUAACAAUAACACCCAAAGCCACGCAUCCUCUCUCUCUCUCUCUCUCUUCUCCCAAACAAAGCGGAAUCUGAACAGCCACAGAUAUGCGAAGGAUAAAAGGAGGACAUACCCACCAGCUUGGCCUGUACAUUAUUUUCCGACCUCGCCAUCCUCAGAAAACCAGACCCACCGGGAAGGAGCAGGAGCAGGAGCAGGAGCAGAACCCGACAGAGGAAGGAGGAAAGGAAGAAGAAAGGAAGAAAGACGAAAGUGAGAGAGGUAAGAGGCCUCUCCUGGCCUCUUUUCUAUCUGCGUUUCUGAGACGAGAAUGUUAGGUUUCCGACGAAGCCGUUGACUGGCAGAUGCCAGCGGAAGUCAAGAUCCGGACCGUUUGCAACCAUCACCGACGAACCGAGACGAACCCGUGAGGAGUUACUAAAAAAAGAUCAAAAGAUCAUGCUUCUGAUUAUACUCACCCACCAAGAAUCCAGACCCAUUUGUUCACGAUGACCACAAAUGACUAAAAACCCUUCCUUUAUCAGGCUGGAAGAUGACCCAGAACGUCACGUCAGGCGGUGCUCCUCGCAGGAGUGCUGGCGUAGGUGAUCUUCCACAACUCCAGGUCCUCCCCUCCAUCAUACCCUUGCAGGUAGCAGGGGACCGAAGCAAGGUCGAUCUGAUGGCCCACAAAGCGCGGCAAUGAUGACGUGGCCCCAAGUUGACCGCAUUCUGGCACGUGGCAACACAGGACAAGACGAUCCGGUGGGUCACACCUCCCGGUCAGCGAGGCAUCCAAAAAUGGAACUGUAAAAUGCUCAAUGAUGUCAAAGGACCAACACCAACCCAUGAACACAGCCAAUCAAAAAAUGACACGUGGAGAAACAGUGGGAAAAAAACCGACCUUCUUCAUCUCUGAAAUAGCUUCGGAAAUGCUGAUACCCAUUUGCGACGACGUUGAGAUCAUCGAGACUGAAAUUAUACCUCUUCUCCAACGCCAAGUAGAGUACCUGAAAAGGAAAGGUAUAGAAAAGAUUACCACCCUUUUCUCCCACUUUCAUGGAAGACAAUGUGGCUGCUGCUGCUUCUCUGCUCCUCUACCUUCUCAGAGCCUCGAGACAUUAAUCCCUCCACAAUGCCGAAGAACAAGUCGGUCAGCUCAUCGCUGUAGAUCACGUCGGCGGCCAACAGCACAGAGACACCCUCAGCUUCCUCAAUCUCCGCAGAGCUCCACGAAUACCUGGACCUGGGUUACACCAUCCAUUCAAUCAGAGAGCCCGCCUGCUGAAAGAAGCCUAGUUCACAAGGGCUCAUCCUCUUCCUGCCCUUCACAGCAUACAAAACAAGAGAGAGAAAGUAAUUUGAAAGAUGACUGCAGCUCCCUGGUUCAGAGGACGCACUGCUCCACAGUCGGCGGCCACCCCUUUCCCCAAUCAACCUCGCGCAGACAAACUGCAGCCGCGCCAUGGUUGAAUGCGGCGGAGUUCAGACGAACAUUGGUAGCACAGUUGUCGAGGAUUUCAGCAGUCCUGUCUGUAGAAUGCCGGGUCAAGAAAUGCAAUCAUUUUUCAAUGAAACUUAUUUCUGAUCUUGCUGCUUCCUUCCACAUCAUCCAAUUAGGUUCCUACCAAAGGCUGGGGAUGUUUGAAUGGAAUGGGAAAUAUAUGGGCAUAGUUUCCUAGCAAUUGGAUCCAUCUUGACAUGUUCAUUCAUAAAAGGGGGAGAUGUCGAAUGAUAAGAGUAAGUAUCGAAAGGGAUGAUCCACAAGUAGCAUACCUGUUAAGAAAACCCUCCUAGAAAUACGUGCAAGUAGAAUACCCACAAAGCCUGUUCAAAGACCACCUUUUAGACAAAAAGAUCUACAAACAACAUGGAAAGUUACGGAUUUGGCAGCCAGAUAUUGAUUCAAUAUGAAUUGCAUAAAAAUACAUUCUUACAACAAGCUUUUAGUAUGAUAUGAUGUCUUAAUAUGGAUAAAAUCUCCACUAUAGAAAGAAAGAAAGAAAAAAAAGGAAAAAUCUGCUAAGACUUAAUAUGAUGUCUGAUUCCAAUGGUGCUUGAGAAUUCUGCAGCAUGGAACAUCUCUUGUUCCAAUGACGCAAGUAAAAAUCUGCUAAGACACUAUAGAUAUAUAAAUACACAUCUCCAAAUUGAGCAAUGCUGUGAGUAUUUUCUUUCUCUCCACUGAGUUUUGGGGCUUUAUAGUUGAUAAAAAAGAUUUUUUUAUUCAUUAAAAAAUCAUCUUCAAGGGCCAUUCAUCUCAUGCACCUGAGUAAAUCCAUUAUGCAACGACAAAAAAAAAAAAAAAAAAAAACGAAAUGGUCAUCAGUUUUAAAACACCAUCGAUCUCACCUGUUCCAGCUCCAAGUUCUAACGCGGUAAUGCCAUCAAAUUCAGAUGAUGUGGCAGUAACAUGCACAACGAAGUCAGCCAACACCAUUGCUGCUUUCCACACCUAAUAUGAAACUGGAAAUUAUUAAAAUUUGAACUUUUGGAUCAUUUUAAACGCAAAUACUACCUGCAAUCCAACGUCUGGUAUGGUGGACGUUAUCCUAUGCUGGAUGGCCACUUCGUAGCUCUUGCAAGUCUCUCCAUGCAUGCAUAUGGUAUUAUUUCAAACAAUAAUGUUAGAUGCUCGAAAGUUCAUUUGAUGGUGCACAGAGGCAUUGAAAUAAUCUGAUACAAAAUAAUCAACAUAACAGCAUUAAUCUGGAAAGUAAAAUAUCACAAAAAAUAACUAACCAUAAAUGAGUGUCCGAAAGAAAGCACCAAUGGGAAAGGAAGUACUAACCAUAAUCAUAUACAGCACAUCAUCUAUAUUGCAUUGAUUGAUCACCCAAUAUGCCCGAACAAGAGGCAAAGACACCAAGAACAAGACAUGAUUCUUAUUUCCCUACGGUUUUCUUGAUGUGUAAGUGCUUCUUCAGAUUGAGUGUAAGAUUGAUUGCCACAAGUCAUCUAUUUUUAUCAUAUUGACCGAAGGAAUGUAUCCUUUCUGGGAACUAAAUAUGGCAAUGUGGGCCGUCCGACCAGUUAAGCCGAGAAGAAUCCAUAUGUUAGCAGAGGAAACUCCAAGUAGAGACUAGUGUGGGGCCAAUCCUCCACUGAUGCGCGAAGUGUGGAUAGACAUGUGAAAAGAAAAUGAGAUGAGUAGAAGGAAGAUGAAAUGACGCAGGAGAAGAUCAGCCAGUCCAAGUUUUUUCCUUCCUUUAUGGCUUACUAGCUGGGAUCCAAGAAGCUAGGCACUUGGCUUUACCCCCUGGCUCGGUCUCUUCACUGAAUUUGGCUUCAGGUAAGGAGCGUAAUGAUCGAUUAUGGAGCUCAGAUUUAGGUCUUGGAUGGGGAUUUCAGCUUUGCAUGAACUCAAGCUUCUGAGAAUGUGGAUUUUGAGAAGAUUCUACUUAACCCGAUGUGCCUGAGACUCUACAUAUGGCUUUGGUUCUCCGACUGGAUGCUGAUCAUGGCUGACCAUCUACUUCUUGACAAUCUGAGCUUCAGCGGAAUUAACGUGCUGCUGCAGGGCAUUCAUUAACGGAUUGUUCUUCAAAAGAUCCAGAGUCAACGUACAGCUACAAGACCGGAUAAGCUAAGCAGUGGGCUUUAUUCCGGCUUGGGCUAUUAAAUGAAUUUGGGUUCAGGUAAGGAAAGUAAUGAUCGAUUAUUGAGUUAGGAUUUGGGACUUGGAUGGGAGUUUCCAGCUUUAGAUGAGCUCAAGCUGCUGAGAAUGAGGGUUCUGAGAAGAUUCUGCUUGACACCGUUGUGCCCCAGACUCUAAAUGGGGCUUCGGUUCUCUCCCUGGAUGGUGGUCAUGGUUGAGACCAUCUACUUUCUGACAAUAUGAAUUUCGGCGGAGUCAACGCACUGCUGCAGGACAUCCAUUAACGCAUUGUUUUCCAAAAGAUUCAGAGAUUCUGGCUAUAAAAUUGUCCCUACAUUAUUCGCCCAUAACCCGAAAUUUAUAUCAUAAGAGGGCUAUGGAUAUUGGAGAAUUACUCCGUCGUCUGGGAAGAACGAGAUCUCCAUCUUCGUCCAAGCUCUGCGCUUGGACUGAUGCGCCCUUUCUAGCUUCAAGUGCACCAUCUUCGUCCUCUUCUAUCAAGAAAAUUUUAGAAAAUAGGGUAAAUAUGAAACUAAAUGAAGAACAUGAAUAGAAUGUAGAUGAGCUGAUAAACCCUCAAUCUGCGCCAGUCGAGUAAAGGGUGCCGAUGAUCCUAGAGAAACAUCUGACAAAGCAUCUUCGCACCGAAAAAUCCCUCCUCAGGCCCUUGAAGACGGACUCCACCGUUGAAGGUCCCAGUGCCUCGGAGGGAGGAGGGAGAGAAGAGAGGGAGGGGGGAUUAUACCUGAUGAGCAAGGGAGGGAGAAGGUGAAGCGGGAGACGAAGGGCCCGGAGUAGUGAGGUGGGCAGCCGAGGUGCACCUCGCUCAUGACCUCGUCCCCCUCCAGUGUUUCUGCUGCCGCGAUGUCAUGGCUUCCUCCUCCCAUGAGGUUCGGGUUCCUCUCUGA